AUGUCGCUCCAGAGCUCGCCGCAAGACAACGGCCCGGACAAACUCGACGCGUCCACCAGCGUAGAGAUCGGCACGCCAGCUUUGCCCCCCGAUGGCAGGCCGCACCCGAAGCCAUCGUCACACUCCUCGAGUUCCGAGUCGGGCGGCAGCAGCAGCGACGAAGACGAGGAGGACAGCCAUGCUGAACGAGAGAGAAUGAUCUCUUUGCCACGAUGUUGGAAUGGCCUUCGUGUUGGACUUCAUGUCCUCGUCUUUUCCCUGGCGAUUGGCGCCAACAUCUCCGACGUCAACGUAACCGAUCCCAGUUACCACGGCAUCAUAAUUGAUGCUGGUUCCAGUGGCUCUAGGGCCUGGGUAUUCGCGUGGCCGGCGCAGAAGUGCGACUUUAAUGCGCCAUUUCCUGUCACCAUACCUUCUGUUGUCGCCUCCCAGACGGUCCAUCGUGGGUUGGCAACGCUGGGCACGACCAAGCUCAACGAAACACUGCAAGAGUUGUUGAGCUUCGCGGAAGGUGUUCUGAAAGAUCGGGAGGACGACUGGCCCGAAUUCCCUGUGUACCUUAUGGCCACUGCCGGCUUUCGGCGGAUGCGGCCCGAUCAGCGCGAAGGAAUGCUGCAGACCGUCAGGGCGGUCCUCUCAGAGAGCUCCUUCCAUUCGGAGCCUGAUUUCGUGAGGAUACUUAGCGGAGAGGAGGAAGGGGCGUAUGGCUGGCUGGCUGUGAAUGCGGAGAAGGGACUCCUAGAGGAUGCAAGCAAAGUUUCGCUGGGCGUCCUCGACCUUGGCGGGGCGUCCAUGCAGAUAACGUUCGUGCCAGAGGACGACAGGUCAGUGCUACAACACUCCUUCCCAGUGCAUCUGCAGGGGCGACAGAGCUACCUGUACUCUGCCUCCUACCUUCAGUUUGGAUUGCGGGAAGCACAGCGAUUACUACAGCGGCAGCUCAUCGCGCGAGCAUUGGUGGCUGAGACUACCUCGAUCCUGGAGCACCCGUGUAUGCCAAGGGGAAGCAACAUCUCCGAGCUGCUGAUUGGCGAAGAGAACAGCAAUCUCAGCAGCAACAGCUCUGAGCAUGGUGCUUCCCCACUGCGAGCGACAUGGUACGGCAAGGGACUCUACGAAGACUGUGCAGAGAAAAUCGCAGAGCUGUUCGACAAGAAUGCUCCAUGCUAUUUGCCACACUGUACCUUCAAUGGCCGAUACCAGCCGACUUUAGGCAGCCGGCGCUUCUUGGCCUUCUCGGCCUUUAGCUGGGUUGUGGAAGCUUUGGGCCUCCCGGCAGAAGCCACAGCCUUGGAGGACAUCGAGACUGCGGCCAGGUACGUUUGCAAGAUGGACUGGGCUAUGCUUCAUGAAAGGUGGCAACGCCUCGAUGAACAGGCCUUGCAAUCCUUCUGCUUUUCCGCUACAUAUGUGGUAGUGCUCCUGCAUCAUGGCCUGGGCUUUGACAAGAAGAGUCACCAGAUUCUCUUCACUCAGGCCCAGGAUCGAGGCAACAUCAGCUGGGCACGGGGAGCCAUCAUCUGGGAGGUCAACAAUCGCUUCAGCCAUCAUCAGCCGCUUUGCAAGAUGGACUUUCCGGAGAUCACAACCUUUGCUGACAAAGGCAUGUGUGCAGCAGGCGCCCGAGCGGUGGCAGCCAUGGCGGCAAUGCAAAGAGGCGCUGCGCCAAAGCGUCGCGCUGCUCAGCGUCGAGCCGCACGAAUCCAGGACAAAGGUGGCACUGGCAAAGCCCAAUCCAGCCACAGCCAGGAGAAUGAGAACCUAGAAGUCAACCAGCCAAAGCAGCCGGAUGAGAGGAAAGAUCGAAGCCAAAGUUGUGGGAGGUCUUCCGGCAAAAAGCGGGUCGCAUCUCGGUCGCCCAGCCAACGCAGCAAAACCGAAGAGGUUAGCAGCCACAGCUGCAAAAGUCGCAAAAGCGAAGCUUCUCCUAAGAAAGACGAGUCGGACGACGAGGAAGAAGCUAGCAAGGCAUCCAGAAAAAAGCGUAAGAAAGAGAAAAAGAGACACAAGUCUUCAAGCAAAGCAGCCAAGAAGCCACCAGUUGGCUUUUCAGGUUGGUGGCAGCAGCAAGUUUUGCUUCAGCAGCAGUGGGCUGCCUACUUUGCGAAACAGCGUGGACUGCCCACGCAGCAGGCACCCAAUGCAGUGCCACACGCCGCACAUGGAGCACCCUCUACAGGAUGGCCUCCUGCCCAUGCGCCACCUCCGCCGCCACCAGCUGCAACACCCCCAUCCACAACGGCCCCGGCAGUUCCAGAGCCUGCGUCACCCAAACGCCGCUCACGUAGCCGCAGCUGCAGUGUGGAAGCGGAGCAGAUGGCUGUGGAGGAUCCGUACCUCGUCUUUGAUGAGACGGAGCCAGAUGCAACGACGGACACCCACGCUGCAGCACCUGACGCAACUCACAGUGAAGUUCUCACUGCGUCCACAGCGUCCACACCAUCCACAGCACCUGCACCUGCAACAGUUUCACCUCCUGCUCCCGUGCCACCGCCGCCUCCAGCUCCACCACCACCGCCAAAGUCCAUUUUCGACCCAGCAACGCAGUCAGAGAUGGAAGCCGUGCGCCGCGCAAGAGCCCUAAAGCGACACGACCGGGAUGCCGACGGCGCCGCGGCACAGGCCAUGGCUAUAGAAGCCGCAGCCGCUGCUAUCGCCAACGGCGGCACGUUUCCUGCGACAGGCUUUCCAACUCCCAUGGAGAACCACUUCCAGGCUGUGGUGGAGCCUCAGGCCUUCACUAUGAUGCCGCCUGCGCCACCAGUCGCAGCACCAGAAAGACGGAUCCCACACUUGCCUCAAAUCCUGCAGCCACAGCAGCUCUUGCCACCUUCACCCAACGUCGACAGAAGCGAAGCCAGUCGGUUUGCAAAUGCAGAUAGUGGUGGUGGUGCCAUCCAUCCCAAAUCCGUAUUUACGCAAGGUUUCCAGCAAAUGAUCAAUGGGCCAACACCAGCAGUGACACAGCCACCACCGCCACCUCAGCCUCCACCGCCACCGCAGCCUCCACCUCCGCCUCAACCCCCGCAGCCACUUAGCGCACCUCCGGCCUUCCAGACAGCUACUCACACCCCGAAACUACAAGUAAGGGAACCAACACACCCGCCUCCUUCUGUAUUGCUGUUGAGACAAAAGCUGCAGCCUCGGCAGCGACAGCCCCAGCCAGAAGAAGCCUGGGGUCCGGAUGACUGGGAGAACCAAGAGAAAAUCACCCAAGACGCUUGGCAAGCACAAGAAGCCGAGCCAGCAGAAGCGGACAGGGAUCCACAGCAGGACUCGUGGCAGGCAGAGCAGUUUCUACCAGAAGAAGAUUACACCCAGGACACAUGGCACGAGGAGCCAGAGCCAGAAACUCAAGCCGCGCAGGAAGAGGACAUGGCUCCGGAUCCGGACCAUGUGGAGGAUCAACAGGAGUCUCAGGAGGCAUGGGAAGAUCAAGUUUGCCCGGAGGACCCGACGGACAACGUGAAGCCAUGGCAGGAUGAGACCUGGUCAGAGUCCUGGCAAAGCGAGGAACGGCGGGAUAGCUGGCAAGGAAGAAAGCAAAAGUGGCGAGACAAGCGCUGGCGAGACAAUCGCGAGUGGUCAGACGGGCAGUGGCCAGAGCAGCCCGACGAGCAGGAUGCAGGACCCAAGCCCAAGCAGCCUUCGCAAAAUGCCCGCAAAGACAUCGGCAGCCUGGCACUGCGGCUUUACGAGCGCUUGAGGAACGGUGAGGACCUACGGCCCAGCCGGGGAGAAGCCACAGAGCUUCCAGCUGCAAUCCGAUCUUCGAACUCGAAGCCGAACCUCCGAGUUCAUGCGCCUAUUCCACCCGCAAAAAUGUCACCCACCCCAUCCGUGCCACCACCCCCAGCACCCUGCAGAGUAUUCCCUGCCGGAACGGAGGCGCGGGCCGCACAGACCGCAAAGUCUAUGCCGAUUCCUAGGAAGCUGCCACUUCACCGAAACUACCCAUCAAAAAAUGCCACGGCUCCAGACACAACCCUUGCUCCACGGAAACUUUCACCCCCACCAGACACAACUUUGGACUUCAUUGAAGCGUCCGUCGUUCCCGAGACGCCAGCACCUGCAACCCACUCCUCGCCUCAGAGAGCGAUGCGUGGCAUUGAUACCACCGAGGUCGAGCCCGGCGCUGGGCUCCUGGAAGAGUCAGAGGAGGCGCAUUUCCAGCGAGCAGACCUUGCGGCAAGGUGCUCAGACAACUGCUUACUAACACCACCCUGGCGGGGCUCAGCGGGUACGAUGAGUACCUGA